AUGUUUGUAAACAAUGAGCGGCAGGAAGGAGUUGCGCCUGUGCGUGGAGUGGAUCAAAGAUCGGCUUUAUUUUGCUGUUAUCUGCCAUAAACCAAAGAGUGGUGGUGCAAGUACGCACUAUUUCUGCACUGAUGAUGAAUUUGCAUAUGAGAACUUCUAUGCAGAUUUUGGACCACUCAAUCUGGCAAUGCUUUAUAGAUACUGUUGCAAGCUAAAUAAAAAAUUAAAGUCCUUUACCAUGAUAAGGAAGAAGAUUGUUCAUUAUACUGGUUUUGAUCAGAAAAAGCAAGCCAAUGCAGCCUUCCUGAUAGGUUCUUAUGCAAUAAUCUAUCUGAGAGAACCUCCAGAAACUGUGUAUGGGCUUUUAUUGUCUGGGAAUGUAGCAUAUCUUCCAUUCAGGGAUGCUGCAUUUGGUACCUGCAGUUUUCAUCUAACACUGCUUGACUGCUUUCAUGCGAUAAACAAGGCUUUGCAGUUUGGCUUCCUUGAUUUAAGUUCAUUUGAUGUGGAAGAAUAUGAGCAUUAUGAGAAAGCAGAAAAUGGAGAUUUUAACUGGAUAAUACCAAAAAAAAUUCUUGCCUUCAGCGGACCUCAUUCAAGAAGUAGAAUUGAAAAUGGUUACCCACAUCAUGCUCCUGAAGCCUAUUUUCCCUACUUUAGAAGGCACAAUGUUACCACUAUAAUCCGCCUGAACAAGAGGAUGUAUGAUGCUAAAAGAUUCAGGGAAGCAGGCUUUGAACACUAUGAUCUCUUCUUUGCAGACGGAAGUAUACCUACUGAUACUAUUGUUCAAACAUUCCUAAAUAUUUGUGAAAAUGCUGAAGGUGCUAUAGCAGUACAUUGCAAAGCUGGACUUGGUAGAACUGGCACUCUUGUAGGAUGUUAUAUUAUGAAGCAUUUUAGGAUGACUGCUGCUGAAACCAUUGCCUGGAUUAGAAUAUGCCGACCUGGCUCUGUGAUUGGCUCACAGCAGCAUUUCCUUUUAGAGAAACAGACAGAACUUUGGAUGGAAGGUGAUUCUUUCCGUUCAAAGUUAAGGAAGAAUUCACAACUUGCAGUUACAAAAAUUCUUUCAGGAGUAGAUGACAUUUCAAUUAAUGAUUCCAAGAUUCAGAGAACCAACAGAAAAGACGCUGAACUGUACAGUGAUGAAGAUGAAACAAACACAUGUACACAAGGGGAUAAGCUUCGAGCCCUGAAAAGUAAAAGGCAGGCCAAAAACUCAGUUCCACUAUCAGUAAUUCUACAAUCCAGUGUUCAGAAAAGUAAACUCUCUGAACUGUCUAGCAUUUCAGACAGUACAGUCCUUUGUAAAAGAACUACCAGAUCUACUGCAAGAAAAAACAGUUUUAAAAGUCUGAUGCCUCAGAGGGAAAGAAGGAAAAGGGAUGCUUUACAACAAAUGAGCUUAUGCAGUGCUGCUGUCCCAAGAACCAGAACGGUGUUGCGUUAAGCAAUUCGAAUGGAAGAGGAAGCAGAGGGAGGGAAAGGGCAAAUAUUGCUGUCAAUUAAAAAUCAAAUGAAGA